UCCAACACCUAAGCGGUGAACUCAGCGAACUGACGCUUAAACCCGUGAACGGUGCCUCUGAUCGUGCAGAUUUGCGCUUCCCUCCCACACCUUGAAGCAUCUGGGCCAACCAACAGCCUGGAGAUCCUCGCUUUAGUCGUUUAGACUUACCCUCCUUUAGUCACACCUUGAACACACUGCGUCUCUUGGCACCCUCGACCUGUCCCGGCUCCCUUGCGCAUUUAAGUGAUUGGUGUUUUCCUUCUUUAUCUUUUCCGUGGCAUUCGUCUUUAUCAUUCUGAUUUCCGGGUGCUGAAAUGGCUUCGACCACUUGAAUGUGUUGUUCAAGCUGGAGAAGGUAGGUGAGAGAAUGGCCCGAUAAGGAACACUACAAUACCUUUUCCGUUUCCCUCACCGUCCGUCAAUCUCUUGAUCUCAUCCCUCUCACAUGCGCCAAACAUGGAUCACUACCGAGUAGACAGUGGAUUCGAUGGAUCCUACUGCUCCAAUCUCUCCGAACCGGGACGACCUCUUUUGCUUCGAAGCAACACGGCCCCUACUCGUCGUCGCAAACCUAGGAAGAUAUCCUCAGAACCUAGUCCUAACUCGCAGUCCCCCGACAUAGAGAAUCAACGACCGGCUUCUGAGAAGCGCUUGAGCGGAUUAAGAAGAUCUGGAGAGCCACGCCGGAUAUCCAUCGGAUCCUCAUCCGAACGUUCAACAAUCCGUUCACGUAGACAAGGUGGUGGAUCUAAGCCCUCCUCUCGUCGGACUUCCUGUACGCUCGUCGACCCAUCACGACCAACCCGACAUUAUAGAAUCAAAAGCUCCCAAACUGUCCCAUCAACGAACCGUGACGUCGACGAUGUUCUCGCCCUUCACUUCCGUAGUUGCAGCCUCUUCCAAAACCCUACAUAUCGCUCGGGCCAUCAUCUCCACGGUUCCAUUUCCGGAUACGAAAUUGCAGACGUAGGGACCUUCUCGUCACGAGCUGUCCCCGUUUCAGCCCCUGCGCCACAAUCAAGUGUCGACGCCAUCACUACUUCGGAAUCCCCCAAGCAGAGUGAAGAGACGAUUGAGGCUGUGGAGCUCCCCAGCACUACCAUGCACUGGACGUCGCCGAGUACGAGAAAAAGAGAGUACGAGAAGAUUGAUCGAGCGAACAGUGGAAUACGAGGUCUCGUGAGGAGGAUGCUUCCGAGAUGUGUAUCUGGGCCUCCACCGCCAAGAUUUUAUGAGAAAGACAUGUCUGACGUGGGGAGUGUGAGGAGAUAUCGAAUGGAUAUUACAGAGACGGAUCACGAUGAGGCGGAGCAGAAGAACAUGGCUUUGCUGCGACAUCAGCAGUGGAUGGUAGAGAAGAAGCCAUCCACGGAGACUACGAGCCCGAAACCGAAGUGGUGGACCUGUUUCUAAGACGAGCACGAGUAUAUCACGGCGGCACGAAUCUGCAUUUCUGAGCAGCAGCAUCAUGAAGGCGUUAUACGAUACCCACGCACAUGAAUCUUGAAUCAUGUACAUAUCUGCGUUAUACCUUAUCAGAGUACGAAUUGGCUUUAGUUUAUUCCCUUCGUUGCAUAUAUACCAAGUACAGUGGAGGAGGACUUGAGGUAAUAGGAAGGAAUUGAA